AUGAAUAUGACCUUACAUAUCCCGAAAGAAGACCAUGAAAUUCAUCUGGUCAUCAGUCCAUGGGAUGUUGCUGAUCGUCAAAGCGAAGAAGUACAAUCAACACAUGCUUCUAGUCAUUCAAGAGUACCUACACCAUCCAAUCAUGAACAUCAUAAUGAUUACAAAUUUCAAGCAUCGCUUCCUGCUGGUUCAAUGAAAAACGGUUCAUAUUGGUUUAUUGUUCGUCGAAAUUUACAUCGUAUUCGAUUGAUGCGUUAUAUGACAUGCCUAAGCAGUGAUACUAUAUCUAAGCCGUAUUUGUAUCUACAGGCGAAACGUGAACUGAAACGAGUACACCAAGAAAUUCAAAAUAUUGAUCAAGAAAUACAUUUUCGUACUGUUCAACAUUUUGCUUUGGCUGUUGAUAAAACAUAUUUGAAGAUAUACAAUACAAGCCAUGUUAAACCGACCGAUGCACUUGUCUUCGAUCAUUGCGGUGACGAACCGUUGGCACUACAAAAUCUUCUUUAUUAUUUUAGUCCACAACCUGUAUCUUAUGGAACAGCCAUUUGGGAAUUUUUAAAAGGAGUCGUUACUGGUCUAUCUAUGGAAGAAAGGAGAAUAGCUCAAGUGAAACGAUCAAGAAAGCUCGCUCUCAAAUUCGCUAUUAUUAUUAAUGGUGGUAUCGUUCUUAUGCUUUUCUUGAUGAUCAUCGGUGUACUUGCAACCAGUAUACAAAUGAACGAUCAUGGAGUCGAAUAG